AGCGGGGCCCGGGGGCGGUGUUGGCGCCGUUCUUAACCCUUUUUCCCGUACAGAUCCCUCGGAUUGGCUUGGCUUCUGCUACUUGUUAAGAAAAAAACAUCUGUCUUUGCAGGUGUGUGUUGUUUCAGCGCAGCAUGGCUGUGGUCAUCCGCUUGCAAGGUCUCCCGAUUGUGGCGGGGACCAUGGACAUCCGCCACUUCUUCUCUGGAUUGACCAUUCCCGAUGGGGGCGUGCAUAUUGUAGGGGGUGAACUGGGUGAGGCUUUCAUCGUUUUUGCCACUGAUGAAGAUGCAAGGCUUGGUAUGAUGCGCACAGGUGGUACAAUUAAAGGGUCAAAAGUAACACUGUUACUGAGCAGUAAAACUGAAAUGCAGAACAUGAUAGAGCUCAGCCGUAGGCGUUUUGAAACUGCUAAUCUAGAUAUGCCGCCAGCAAACGCUAGCAGGUCGGGACCACCUCCUAGUUCGGGGAUGAGUGGAAGGGUUAACUUGCCUACUACUGUACCUAACUUUAAUAAUCCUUCUCCUAGCGUAGUAACAGCUUCCACGACUGUGCAUGAGAGCAAUAAAAACAUAUCCACAUUUUCUACUGCCAGUAUGGGGACUGCACCUCCAAAUCUUGGAAAUACUUUUGGUAGCCCCACGUUUAGCUCAACUAUACCCAGUACAGCAUCCCCGAUGAACACAGUACCUCCUCCACCGAUCCCUCCUAUUCCAGCUAUGCCGUCUUUGCCACCGAUGCCUUCCAUUCCUCCAAUUCCUGUUCCUCCUCCCGUACCCACACUGCCUCCUGUUCCUCCGGUCCCACCGAUACCCCCUGUGCCCCCAGUGCCCCCAAUGACACCUAUACCUCCCAUAUCAGGAAUGCCUCCUCUGAAUCCUCCGCCUGUAGCACCUUUACCCACUGGAAUGAAUGGGUCUGGAGCAGCAGUGAAUAUGAACAGCGGCUUGAAUCCAUUGUUUAUUGGUCCCAUGAAUCCUGUAAAUCCUAUCCAGAUGAAUUCUCAGAGUAGCGUCAAACCAAUUCCAAUCAAUCCGGAUGAUUUGUAUGUCAGCGUUCACGGAAUGCCCUUUUCUGCGACAGAAUCUGACGUGAAAGAAUUUUUCCUUGGGCUGCGUGUGGAUGCGAUCCACAUGCUGAAGGAUCACGUGGGUCGAAAUAAUGGAAAUGGACUAGUGAAAUUUUUUUCUCCUCAAGAUACAUUUGAAGCACUGAAACGAAACAGAAUGCUGAUGAUUCAGCGGUAUGUUGAAGUUAGUCCUGCAACAGAGAGACAGUGGGUGGCUGCCGGAGGCCACAUAACGUUCAAGCAAACCAUGGGCCCCUCUGGGCAGCCGCACCCUCCUCCUCCACAGCCUCAUUCUAGGUCCAAAUCUCCCAGUGGACAGAAGAGAUCCCGGUCGCGAUCUCCCCACGAGCAGGGUUUCUGUGUCUAUUUGAAAGGUCUUCCCUUUGAAUCGGAGAACAAGCAUGUGAUCGACUUUUUUAAAAAGCUGGAUAUAGUUGAAGACAGCAUCUAUAUAGCUUAUGGACCUAAUGGGAAGGCAAUUGGGGAGGGUUUCGUGGAGUUCAGGAAUGAAGCUGAUUACAAAGCAGCUUUGUGUCAUCAUAAGCAGUACAUAGGGAAUCGUUUUAUUCAAGUUCAUCCAAUUACUAAAAAGGCAAUGUUAGAAAAGAUAGAUCUGAUUCGUAAAAGGUUGCAGAAUUUCAACUAUGACCAGAGAGAAAUCAUCAUGAAUGCUGAGGCAGAGUCAGGCUCGCCAAAGCUGUGUGCGCAUAUUUCUAAUAUUCCAUACAAUAUAACAAAAAUGGAAAUUCUUCAGUUUCUAGAGGGACUGGCAGUAGAAGAAAGCUCUGUGCAAAUUCUUGUUGAUAAUAAUGGGCAAGGUUUAGGACAAGCACUGGUUCAGUUCAAAGCUGAAGAUGAUGCUCGUAAAGCAGAGCGUUUGCACCGUAAAAAGCUGAAUGGAAGAGAUGUUGUUUUACGUUUGAUUACUGUAGAAGAAAUGAGAGAUAUCGAGAGAAACCCUCCGUCUCAAGGGAAAAAAAUCCUGAAAAUACCGAUACAAGGAAACGUAGCUGUGCCGGGAGCGCAGCCCCCUGCUGGAGAUGAGCAUGCCUUCUUGGGAGGAAAUCCUAAGGAUGCAAACAACGGUCCUCCGUUCAACUUCCCCGGUAACUUUAGUGGGUCUGGCACGUUCGGUCCGCCUCUGCCACCACCUGGAAUAGGGGGCUUUGCUGAUGCUAGACCUGGAAUACCUGCGGUUGCAAGCGCUGGUUUGCCCGGUGCGGGUAUUGAGGUCCCAGGUUUUGCAGGCGGUCCUGCUAAUUUGAGUGGACCAUCGGGUUUUGGAGGGGGCCCUCAGAGUUUUGGUAACGGUCCUGGCAAUCUGAGUGGACCCCCUGGCUUUGCUGGUGGGCCUCCAGGAAUUGCCGGCGGUCUUGGGCAUUUAGGUGGGCCUCCCGCGUUCGGACCCGGACCAGGAAACAUACACAUUAGUGGGCCGCCGGGUUUUGGAACGGGGUCUGGGAAGCCAGGACCAACCGUCAUUAAAGUGCAAAAUAUGCCCUUCACUGUUUCUGUGGAUGAGAUUUUGGAUUUCUUUUAUGGUUACCAAGUGAUCCCUGGUUCAGUGUGCUUAAAAUACAAUGAGAAAGGCAUGCCCACGGGAGAAGCGAUGGUUGCAUUUGAGUCUCGUGAUGAAGCGAUGGCAGCAGUCGUUGAUUUAAAUGACAGGCCUAUAGGCUCAAGGAAAGUAAAGCUUGUUUUAGGGUAGCUGUUAAUAUGGAGUAGUUGUAGAAUAGGUAUUCAUAGUGCUGUGAUAAAUGCAUCCGGAUUGGUUUUUAUAGUAUUUCCAGGAUAGAACCUGUGGAUUGUUCCAAUUGUAAACCAGACUUGUUUUGAUAAGGCAGAGCACUGCGUUAGCCGUGGCAGAAGAAGCACUGCAAGGAUCCGUGCGCAGUGGAUUUCCCCGUGCAAACGUGUGGAGAAGGUAGGCAGGUUGUUUUUCAUCAUAGACGUUCGGUGAGCUGGACGCAGUGCUUAACAAGGAACCUUGGCUGGUGUUUCGUAGUUUCGGAUAAGGGAAAUAGAUGAAGUCAGUGAAGCUCUUCAGUGAGUGCUCUUGCAAGCCAUUGUAAAAUAGAUAGCUAUUUCUAGAUUUGGUUAAAAGCUGGCUGAAUUUGCUUUGUUUACAGGUCAAAGCUUUGUUUAAAGUCCUGAUUUUACUCUGCAACUGAACGAAUUCUGAGUGUACACAGAUUAAUUGUUUUGUGUAUGUAUUUUUAUUUUUUUUCCAAGAUUCUGACUGUAUGAACAGUUGAAUUAUGCCCAUUGCUGAUGUGUCUACCAAACUAAUUCCUAUGAGUAUGAGCAGAAUCGUUCUGUAAAAUUCAAGCUGUUCUUUGUGGAAUAACCUUUAGUUAUUUAUAUAUUGCAAUUAUAACUGUGCAGAAUAAGACUUUUGCCACGAGUAUAGCUAACCUCAAACAUUAUAUGAGUUUUAUAGUACGUUUAAAACAUUUGCAGUAGAAGUAACAACUCGAAAAUGCUCAUUAUUGUUUAAGUAGCUUGAUUUGUUAGGAUCACAUGAAUCGCUUGGGAUAGGAUCUUUGACACUAGUUGGGUAUGUUGUAUUUCUCAUGUGUCUCUUGACCUCCUUACGUAGAGUCUCUGCUAAGAGAACCAAAGCGGUGAUUAUUAGUUGAAGAUUGGAGUCCAGCUAAAGUUUUAAAUUAGUUUAUAUGUGAAAGAAGCUUUUAUCUUCAGCAACUCUGUCAUGAAUUACUGCUGUGGGUGAACUGAGAGAUAAAAAUUUAUUUUUCUCCAAAACUUGAAAAUACUGAGUUUACUAUAUAUUUUUGCAAUAAACUUGUGCUGUUGUUGUAUCCCGAGUCUGUAAAGAGUUGCCAUUUUCUUUGCUGUACAGUAAAAGCCUUUCAUGGAAAAUUGGAAAGGAAGUAAUGACACGAGUGACAAGUAUAGAAAUUUUUGGUUCAUCCUUGCUUGGCUGAUGAUAAAUUUUUCCAAAUUGGGGCAUUGCCUGAAAAAUCCCACUAUUCCCUGCAAAUCAUUGUACUUAAACAUAGCAACCUUUGAACUGUUUUUUGCUUUGUUUUUAUUUUAUUUUAUUUGUCGGAUAAGGAAAAACAGUGCCUUUUGGUGUUGCCUAUCACGGAACACUGAAGUGUAUGGUCAGGCAAAAUUGCGAGGUGCAAGUGGCAACAGUUUUAUUCCCGUGGUGUGUAGGAGAGCUUUGGAAACCUGUGCGGCGCUGCAUCCUGAGAGGAUUCCCAGUACAGGAAUGUGUGGAAGGAUUGUACAAAGGUGUACUUCAAUAAAGAGGCGGUUGCAUUACACAGAUGCUUCUGUAAUUCAUUAGCAUAACUUUGUUUUGACAGGUUACUAGGUGGUCCCAACUUUGGAAAAGUCAUGUGAUUUGUAUAUACUGUUUAAAAUUAAGCCUCCUGUUAAUAAAGCUGUCUGUCUCUGAAGCUUCAUAUUAUGCGUUUCAACAGUCUUUGGGAGUAAUGUUUCAACAGCAGAUCUUUGUUUUUUCUUGCUGAAAGUCUAAAGUACUCUUGCUGAUGUCAGAAAGAUGUGUGAUUAGGAGUCAAGCUUUUCAGUUUAUUUUUAAAAUUUUGCUCUUUGUUUUUUAAACAACUUUUAUUAAAGUUUCAUACUAUAUUGGAUUUAUUUGGGUGCUUGUUUCUUCAUGUUUCACAUUAGAAUAAAAUGACCUAAAAGGAAAACCUGGCUUAAUUGUUCACAGAACCGCUUUCAGAUGUUUUAGUGUGUUGAUUUGCGGAAACUGGUGAUAACUGCUUUUCACGUUCAAAUGAAUCACAGCAAUGCUUGCCUUGUUGUGAAAUGUAAUUAAACUACAGGUGUCUGGAAUUAGAUGCACGGUUUUGUGUUACUUUCUUUUGCUUUCAUGUCCCUUGAUCCUCUCGGUAAUGGAUACAGGGUUAUUGGUGUUGGCGUUGGACAUGGCAUGUUCUGUGACACAUGCUUGUUGUGUGCCUCUUCUUUUGGGCUUUCUAAAAGAGCAGGUUUAUUUUGGAAAUCAUCUUCCGAUUCUUGAUUUUCUCUAUGGUCUGAAAAUGUUUAAAUGCUUGUCUUAAACAAACCACAAAGUAAGUGAGUACGAAAAUCCAUUGGUGUUGGGAACACGGGCCCGAUGGAAUGCUGAAAUGAAGGAGUUGGGGCGAGGAGCAGGCUCUUCCUUUCCCAAGUAGCUGGUGCUUUUUUGUUUUGUUUUGUUUUUUAGUGUAAAUUAGGAAUUAUGUAGGCUCUUGGGGAGAAUAGGAUGUCCUAGCAUGCAUAUGAUUUCAGUAUGCAGUAUGAACAAUAUAGCUGUUGCCCAAACAGUUACAAUUGGUCUUUUAAAACAUGUACAGAAAAAUCUGGCUAUUGAGUGUCACAUUCAAAUAUCAGAAGUUUGCUGUAACAGCUUACUUUCAUGGUAGAAGCAGCCUUAAAAGGAACACGGUGUUAAACUGUGGAGGAUACUCUGCUUUUAACAGAUCAUGGAACCCGAUGUGACGAAAUUUUUCAUAUGUGUAAACAUCUGCAAAAGAAACAGCCUUAAAUAGAGGGUUGGACCUCUGAGGUCCUGUCUCCACUGUGCAAGGUAUGUAACUGCACUCUCGUACACUUCCAGGCUGUUUGCUAGUGGGGAUAGCAGUAGAGAGGAUCAGCUGGUGGGCGCUACGUAAAUCCACAGCUGAUGUGACUUCGAUGCCUGGAGCGCCAGGAGCUGACGGCCUCAGCCUGGUUGGAACGUGCAGUCACUGAAACUGCUGCUGCACCUUCAUGUUAAGAAAAGAGGUACUUAACCUGUGUUACCUCAGGGGCUACGCUGGCAUUCUCAGCAGUUCCUUUAAGUGCUGGUAUCUAAGCACUGCUUGUAAAUGCUAUAGUGUCACAUACAUACCAUGUCAGAAACUAUGGUCGUUUAACAGAGAUCAUCUCUUUCAUGAGAAAAAUUAUUCAGCAAUUAACUUGUGACCCACAUGUAUGAAUUCUGACAGCCAGAUGACAGUGUAACAUUGAGGUUACCAACUUUUCCAGCAGUUACACAGAUGUUACGAUCGUAUUUUUUAAACAAAGCUGAACUCUGCAAUACCACUGCCAAAGAUUUGUCAACAAAGAAGUGGUCUUAAUGUUAUUGCCACAUUUUCAAUGUGGACUUAGAAACUUGAGGCUUUGUAGGUUGUAAGAAAAGGGGAAGGUACUUUUAGCAAUAAAUGUUCAUUUCAUAGUGUUUAAUAUUCUACUGGAAUGUCUGCUCUGAAUUUGUUGUGAGUGGAAAGAAAGAUUGAUGCAAAAACAAAGGCUUGGUUUGCUUCAGUUGGUGCUGAGGGUCUGCUUUGGAAAGGAUGUCCCUGCUGCGCAGUUCUGCUAAGCUGGUCAGGCUGUCCUUAACAAAAUUGUUGCCUGCGUGAAAGUGUUUCUCUCUGAGGCGUGUUGGUGCCAUGAAGACUGCAGAGCCUAGAGAAUGUAAUUAUGUAUUUCUUCCCGUUUACGCAGACACGCGUGCUGUGCUAACUGUAAAUCACAACAUCAGUGAUCAUCAGUCUGUUCAUGUGGUGGUUCCAAAGCCAAGAGCAGCAGAGUGCUGCUGGGCCUCACUUCUUGUUGAGAUCUAUGCGCUUCUGAACUGUGUUGGCCUUCCAGUUACAAAAAGGGAACGGCUUGAUGUUCUGAACCUCUUAAAGCCACUGUUUGGACUGCAGACCACUCAUUGAGAGCAGAUAUUUCUGGAGGAUUAUUCAGAUAUACGGGUUAAACCCUUAACCAGAGGAUUGCAUACAAAGACCAGUGUGCACAAGAGGUCAACUUCUAACUUUGGUAAGAUAAUUGUUGGGAGGAAGCAGUUCUGAAACUGGAUUGGUAUAAUAGGAAAUAGUUAACUUAAAUUCUGUUUUUGUGAGAGGUUUUUGAGAAACUGUGCCUCGGGCCUGGAAGCAGCAUUGCUGGAAAAAUGCUUGUCUUUGCUCCAUUGCAGGUUUGCUGAUGCUGCCAGCUGUUCUGUGGGUGUAUGGCUUGCAUGGCUUUGGGAAAACCACAGUAGUUGUGUAUAGUUAAAUGGCUCUUCCUCCCCGGGGAAGAGGAAGUGAAACUGAUAAAUGCUUCUGAAGGAACAGUAACCUCAGGGGAGCUUUUCAUAUUGGUUUUCAGCGGUGAGAACGUGAUUGUUGGUGAAAGAUUUGGCUUUCCCACAGAAAGAGAAUCAAUUGGUGGUAUGUAUUUGACUAAGGCUUGUGGCGGCGUACUGAGCUCCCUGCUCUUUAACUUUUAUGAUCAGGUAGGUACGUUCCAGCUUGUUUUCUGUAUAGAUGAAUGUAAUUUUCUCAGAGUUUUGUUCCUACGUGGAAUGUGUUUGGGUGUUGUUUGUGCUUGAAGCACUUGCCACUGUCCUGACUUGGAAGCUUCUCGCUUGCGGGUAUAAAUAUCAAAUGGAAAAAAUGAGUAGCCUGGAUGUGCUUCUUUUCCAUAGCUCCAGCCCAAACACCGGUGGCGGUUCGCAGGUGAUGGAUGGUUUAGAUGGGACUCUUCACCCACGGACACUCGCUUCUGUUAAGCUUCCUUUGUUGUCAUUCUGUUUUCAUGUGUGUGUACAUAGUGUGGCAGCUUAGGGCAGAAGCAAGCAGACAAAUUCUGACCUAAGUUUUGUUACUGCUUUAUUAGAGUCUAAGGUGCAUUUCCCUUACCUUUCCCAUACGUGACUGGGGAGUACAGCUUCCCUGUGAAUUUCAAGAUGGGAAAUUAGGACUUGGCAGGUUUGCACAGGAGAACAGGGUCUGAUCCUGCCUGAAACUCCCUUGGUUGGCUUAGUUUGACUUUUUGGACAUGUUGCUGCUUUUUGAGGGCUGGUGACCUUUUGAAAUGUUCCUACUGUAGUUACAGUAUCGUAAAGAAUCCAUAGAAUGAUACCACUCUUACUUCUGACCAUCUGAAACGAGGCAGAGCUUCCAGCUGGCUGUUUUGUAGGUCCAAACAAUGAAUAUCAUUUCAUCAUCUCUCACUGUAUGCAGUUAUGUGGAUAUAGCAUUGCCCAGUGUGAUAACAUAAAACUUAGAAAUGCUUUCUAGUUGCUUGGGAAUCAGGGUGGACUUAGGGAAAAUGGCAGUAUAGACAGAACCUAACAUACUUGAGAAAUUUCUUGUACUUGAUUUUGCAUGUUGUUUUCUAAUAAAACUCACAGAGCUGCUAUUACUGUGAUUUCAAGCUGCUGUGGUGACAUCUGCCAGAACGUGCUCCAUGAAGUCAGCUUUUUCAAAGCUGUUGUUUUCAGCAGGAUAACCAAAGUGAGGCUGCUUGUUUUGACAGGACAACGGAUGUGGAAUGUGAAAAUUCCUUACUUGUUUGAACAGGAAGCUCAACUCAAAAUUAAAUGCUGGUUUCUUAUGCUGUUUCGUUGUUAGCCAAAUGUCUCUAAUAGGAGAACAAUACGUAUAAACCCUGUGCUCUUGAGGAAAGCUAAAUGCAACCAGCUGCAAAAGCAAAGAGCUGAUGGAAGUAAAAUCAGGCACUAGCAGUUCCUUGACUGAAGGCAGGGAAGCCCCUGCUCUACAGGGUGGAGGGGAGGUGGAAUUCAGUAUUACUAAUUGACCUGUCCUGGAUUCCCCUGCUGUUACAGCAUUGCUGCAGAGACUUGUGUCUAUGGGUCUAGUCCUGUGUGAAUACAGGUGUCACAGCACAUAGUUAUUUAUCUAUGGACCUCAGUGCUUUUGAGAGGCCAGGUAAGUGCGUGCAGGGUGGUGAUGUGUCAGCGUUUCAGGUUAAUGAAGUGUUAGCUUUCACAUUAGCAAAAUGUUAUUAGGGUUAAAGUUGUGGCAAAAUUUUCACCUUGGCUUUAGCAAAAACACCAAGUGAUGUCUUAAAGUCUAAUGAAAAUUAUUUGUGCUUCAGAAACUUCGGUACUGAGCUGAACAGUGAGCAGCUGGUUAAACUGCUAAGCAAACCUGAGACUUAAGGUUUUAAUGGUAGAAUGUGAAGUAUGUAAUCUAAAUGGUUUGCUGUUGAUUAACAGGGACAGUCAAACUUGAGUGCUUCACAAACUCUUGCAUUUUCUUAGGUUUUCAAUCAGAAUUAUUUCUGGUGGUCAGUUCUGCUCAAAGAUACUCAGAGACAAGUGUAUGUGUUCUUCACUUCUGAGUGCUGCCUGUGUGAACAUAAGAGAAUUCUGGGCACACUGUAUGCUUCUGUGGCACCUUAAAGAGGAGAUAAGCAUAUCUGAGAAAGCACAUCCCAUCGUAACGAUGUUCUGCAGAGGAUGAUUUUCAUCCAGACUCUAAUCCAGACUUCUGGGUAACUGACACCAUAUUUUUGUUUAGCUGCUAAUCCAAAUAGCAUUUCUUCCUUGCAGUGCAAGGAAAUAUCAUGCUGCUGCUUUGAAUAAGUUAGUAUUUAGCUACUCUUAAUUAUCCUGGCAGCAGGAAGAAGGAUGCGACAAGUUUUUGAUGUGCUCAACAGCUUGUGCUUUAGCAUUAAGCUUCUUGUAUUAAAAUUUGUCGUUUUUUAUGCAUUAAAAAAAAGCAAAUUUAAGGCAGCAAUGAGUAAGUUUCCCGAUACCAAAAGUAGUUUAAUUUUUGUGUUUUUUUUUUUUUUUUUUUUAAACAAUCAUGUAAUAAAAAUCCUAGUAGUAGUCCUCACAUAAUGCAUCUCUGUGACAUACAAGGUGGCUUUGUGCAGCAGCCUGGCUGAAUGUGACCAUCGUGUCAUAUAGCUGUUACUGCACACUGGAAGGUGAGAGUGAUACCCGUAACCAAGUUCUGCACAUCCCACGGUGAGGUGGUAGAAGUGUGUAACAUUCCGUUCUCCCUUGUUUAGUCUUGAAAGGGUGGAAGAAUUGUUGUUUGGAAUGGUUUUAAAGAGCAGCGCACAGUCCAGGGUCACUGCAUGUAAAAAAAAAAAGAAAACAUGCAGGUUUAUCACUUUGUGAUCCUUCUUCAAAUCCUUCUGUUACUGCAUUAGGUA